AGCAGCAUCCUAUUGCUAGUUUUGAGGAUGGGAAAGAGUCGCCUCUUGGCCUCUUUCCUCUCUCUGCUGCUGUUGCUGCCUUCUUGCGUGCUGGGGGACAGCCCAUACAGGUUCUUCACUUGGAACGUGACCUAUGGCGAUAUCUAUCCUCUCGGCGUCAAGCAACAGGGGAUUUUGAUCAAUGGGCAGUUCCCGGGGCCACAGAUCGAGGCCGUCACCAACGAUAACCUCAUCGUCAAUGUAUUCAACAGCUUGCCGGAGCCCUUCCUCUUUUCCUGGAACGGAAUACAACAAAGGAGAAGCUCGUGGCAAGAUGGUGUUUAUGGCACCAACUGCCCCAUCCCCCCCGGUGGGAACUUUACGUACACCAUGCAAGUGAAGGACCAGAUCGGGAGCUACUUCUACUUCCCCUCGCUGGCCUUCCACAAGGCCGCCGGUGGAUAUGGUGGCAUCAGAGUUCUAAGCCGCCCAUUAAUCCCAGUGCCUUUUGCACCUCCGGCCGCCGAUUACACUGUCUUGGUUGGCGACUGGUACAAGGCUAACCACACUGACCUGAGAAACAUAUUGGACGGUGGCAAAGAUCUUCCCUUCCCUGAUGGUCUUCUAAUUAAUGGCCAAGGAUCGAAUGGAAGCGCAUUUACUGUCGAUCAAGGUAAGACGUAUAGGUUUCGAGUAUCGAACGUGGGGGUGGCAACAUCACUGAACAUAAGGAUUCAAGGGCAUGCAUUGCUGUUGGUGGAGGUGGAAGGAUCUCACACCCUCCAAAACACCUAUUCUUCGCUCGACAUCCACCUCGGCCAGUCUUACUCCUUCCUCGUCACGGCUGAUCAGCCACCCAUGGACUACUACAUCGUCGUUUCGACGCGAUUCACCACCACCGUGCUCUCCACCACCGCCAUCCUCCAUUACAGCAACUCCGACGGGAAGCGGGUCGAGCCACCGCCGGGCGGGCCGACUACUGACAUCGAAUGGUCCCUCAACCAGGCGAGAUCGAUCAGGUGGAACCUGACAGCCAGUGGACCGAGACCCAAUCCCCAAGGCUCUUAUCACUAUGGCUAUGUGAACGUCACAAGGACCAUCAGGAUUGCCAACUCUGCACCGGUCAUCAACGGCAAGCAGAGAUAUGCCGUCAACAGUCUCUCCUUCAUUCCAGCUGAUACGCCCCUUAAGCUAGCGGACUUCUACAACAUCUCCGGAGUGUUUGAACUCGGAAGCAUUUCAGAUAUCCCUACAUCCGGGCCUGCUUCUCUUCGAACAUCAGUCAUGGCGGCCGAUUUCCGAGCUUACGUCGAGAUCGUGUUCGAGAACUCCGAGACCAGCGUGCAGUCUUGGCAUAUCGAUGGAUAUAACUUCUGGAUCGUCGGAAUGGAUGGAGGGCAAUGGACACCGGCAAGCAGGGAUAGCUACAACCUAAGAGAUGCAGUAUCUCGGUGCACUGUUCAGGUGUAUCCCAACUCAUGGUCAGCUAUCUACAUGCCUUUGGACAACGUGGGCAUGUGGAACAUCCGAUCGGAAAACUGGGCUCGCCAGUACUUGGGUCAGCAGUUCUAUAUCCGCGUCUACUCUCCGGCGAACUCAUGGAGGGACGAGAAUCCAAUCCCAAGGAACGCCCUUCUCUGCGGCCGGGCGUCAGGCCGUCGAACGAGGCCACUCUGGUGAAGCACAAGCACAAACAUCUUCGCUGACACGAUCUCUCUUCUCUCUCUUGCCAGCUUCUUCCAUUGAUUUCUUCUUGGAUUUUUAGUUCUUACUGUUCUUUGUACUACUUCCAAUCUCUCUCAGUCAUCUCAAAUACUAUGAAUCUCCGAUUAUUUCAGUGAGAUCUAUUUGAAUCUGUGUA